AUGGGGUUUGUGAAAGUCGUCAAGAACAAGGCCUACUUCAAGCGAUACCAAGUGAAAUUCAGGAGACGGCGAGAGGGUAAAACUGAUUACUAUGCCCGGAAACGCUUGGUGAUCCAGGAUAAAAAUAAGUACAACACACCUAAAUACAGGAUGAUAGUUCGCGUAACCAACAGAGAUAUCAUCUGUCAGAUCGCUUACGCCCGUAUAGAAGGAGAUAUGAUAGUUUGUGCAGCUUAUGCUCAUGAACUCCCAAAGUAUGGCGUGAAGGUUGGCCUGACAAACUAUGCUGCAGCAUAUUGUACUGGCCUGCUGCUGGCCCGCAGGCUUCUCAAUAGGUUUGGCAUGGACAAGAUCUAUGAAGGCCAGGUGGAGGUGACUGGAGAUGAAUACAACGUGGAGAGCAUUGAUGGUCAACCUGGUGCCUUCACCUGCUAUUUGGAUGCAGGGCUUGCCAGAACUACUACUGGAAAUAAAGUUUUUGGGGCCCUGAAGGGAGCUGUGGAUGGAGGCCUAUCUAUCCCUCACAGUACCAAACGAUUCCCUGGUUACGAUUCAGAAAGCAAGGAAUUCAAUGCGGAAGUACAUCGGAAGCAUAUCAUGGGUCAGAACGUUGCAGAUUAUAUGCGUUAUCUAAUGGAAGAAGAUGAAGAUGCUUACAAGAAACAGUUCUCUCAAUAUAUAAAGAACAACGUAACCCCAGACAUGAUGGAGGAGAUGUAUAAGAAAGCUCAUACUGCUAUACGAGAGAAUCCAGUCUAUGAAAAGAAGCCUAAGAAAGAAGUUAAAAAGAAGAGGUGGAACCGUCCCAAAAUGUCUCUUGCCCAGAAGAAAGAUCGGGUAGCUCAGAAGAAAGCAAGCUUCCUCAGAGCUCAGGAACGGGCUGCUGAGAGCUAA